AUGACAAAUGAUGAACAACUUCAAAUUUGUCUUUACCAUCCACAUCCCAGUCAAGCUCAUCGAUACACGCGGCAAAUAAUUCGAAUCACCGACAAAACCACAUGUCGAGAAGUUCUAACGCACUAUAUACCUGAAUCGAGCACUGCUCGACUUGUUGAAACGUGUUUAGGAUUUGAACGCGAGAUUCCACCGGGUGACUGUUUAUUUGACAUAAUUACACGGAAUCAAGCAAUUGAAGAAUUUAAAAUUGUUGUGCGACGUUUGCACGACAACAACAACAACCAUCAACGGCGACGAACAACGAUGCGUUCCCCGACACUCAAUAAUAAUAAUCAUACAUCCUCGCACGAGAUGAACAACAAUAAACAACAACAACAAACGAAUGGAAAUGGAUUUGCCAUCAGUAGUCUUUCGAUGGAUUUGUCCUUAUCUGAAUUACAAGAAAUGGCUGCUCGUCAACAGCAACAAAUCGAACAUAAUCAACAGUUGUUGCUUGCACGUGAACAACGUUUAAAAUAUCUGAAACAACAAGAAUUAAAACAACAGCAAACAUCACACGAUAGUUUACGUCUUAAACGUUUAAAAGAACAUAUUGAACAGCAGGAAUUGAAACACUUACGUUUGAAAACUCUCCAAAAUCAAAUAAAUCAACAACGAAAUUCGAAUUCAACACUCGCUAACGAAUUAGAAAUUUUAAAGCAGAUUUUUCUCGACAAAGAACAUGAAUUAACAAUUGCUUUGAAUAAAGUUGAUGAACUAACAAAGCAACUUGAUCAGUUGCGAAAAAUCAAAAUCACCACUAACAAAGAACAAUCGCAAAAUCGUAAUGAAUUGGAUAAAUUGAAGCAAGAAUUAAUGAUUCGAAACAAAUUGAAUGAACAGCAAAGUCGGAAAAUAGCGUACCAACGAGAAGUUUAUGCAUCGAAGCAAGCAGAAUUGAAUCAAUUAGAUAGACGUAUUGAUGAACUUCAACAACGAUUGAAAAAGAAACGAACAUUGACAACAAACCGUUCAUCAGCACCAACACCGUCAACAACAGCCACUGCUGUUGUCGAACCAUAUACAUCAACAACGGGUUACCGUACAGCUUUUGAUACAGUGCAGGAUACAUUGAAUAAUGUGAAAAUAGCCGAAAUCGAAAAACGAAUGGUUCAAUUAGCCAAUUCAUUUAAUACAACAUCAUCGGCAUCCCCAACAAGUCUCAACGAGCAAAUGAAUAGUCCCAAGAAGAAUAAUGGCAAUUCAUCAUUGAAUCAACCAUCGAAAAUAGCGUUUGCUUCGAAAAGUGAAAUAGCUGCUACUUAUAUGGCUCGUUCAACGAAUCAAUCAACAUCGCCUCCAUCUUUGAACAAACCUCCUGAUAUGAUUGAUACGAAUGCAAAAUCUGAUCAACAAUUACCACCAAAUCUUCGUUUAAAUGAUGAUAUUCUUUCUGUUCAUUUCAAUACAGUUACAUCCAAUGUGAAAAAACGUCAUUCUCUAUCUGAUCCAGCCGAUUCUUUAAUCAAAUAUCUUUCCUCCAAUGUAACGUCAAAUAAUACAAAUACUCUUAAUAAUAACAACCCGUUACCUCAACCUAUUCAAGUUCGAGAUGACUCAUCAAAUCCACUUUUAGCUGAUACAAAAAUCUCACCUAUGCCAAGUUCUGCAGCAUAUGAAAAUCUUAUUGAUAUUCAAACAAGCUUGAAUAAUAAAUUAGAUGACGAACAACAGCAGCAGCAGCAACAACAACAACAACAAAAACAACAGCAGCAGCAGCAACAAGGUGAACAACAUGUUAUGAUUGAAUCUAUUGUGUCGGAUUCGGAAUCGGAAGGUGAACAUUCCGAAGGUGUCGAAUCACCUAUUUCAUCACCAACAUCAAUUGCCACAACAGUAGCACCAUCAAACCUCAAUCUCAAACCUUUAUUGAAAACUCCGUCAACGCCAAAGAAUCUCACUCGACGAGUUAUGUUUGACCCACUAGCUUUACUUCUCGACGCUGCUGUUAUCGGCGAACUCGAUUUGGUUAUCAAAGCUGCUAAAGAGGUCGAAAAUCCCAGUCAACCAAACGAUGAAGGCUUAACAGCAUUGCAUAACGCUGUAUGUGCAUCGAAUUUCGAUUGUGUGAAAUUUUUGGUUGAAUUUGGUUGUGAUAUUAACUUUGCUGAUAAUGACGGAUGGACACCAUUACAUUGUGCAGCGUCGUGUAAUAAUACUCCAAUGGUCCAGUUUUUAGUUGAACAUGGCGCUUGUAUUUAUGCAACAACAAUUCGAGAUAAUGAAACAGCUGCUGAAAAAUGCGAAGAAGAAGAGGAAAAUUAUGCCGCUUGUUCUCAAUAUCUUCUAUAUGUACAAAAUGAUUUGGGUAUUAUGAAUAAUGGUUUAGUGUUUGCAUUGUAUGAAUACGAGCCUAGCAAUUCGUUGGAUGAAACAAUGAACAAUGAGCUUGCUUUCAAAGACGGCGAUCAGUUAAGAAUUUUAAGACGUGGUGAUGAAAAUGAAAGCGAAUGGUGGUGGGCAAAACAUGAAGGCAAUCAACAGGAAGGAUAUGUUCCACGGAACUAUCUUGGAUUAUACCCAAGAGUACGACCGGGUUCAAUGGCAUCCACUAGUUGCUAG